CUUGCGUUCUCGUCCCUACUCAUCUCAUCCGUCCGCUUGUCUUAUCCAUUCUGCUACCUUGACGGUACACCGCAUCCAUUCCCGACAACGACCCCCUCGACCUGACCAUUCACAUCAUGAAGUUCACUCUGCCUCUCCUCACCGUGGUUCUCAUUGCCACCAACGCUGUCGCAGCGCCCAUUCCUGGUUACGGUCGACGUGCAUCCGACAAUGCAUCCAACAACAACGUUCUCGUUUCCGGUCCUACGGUGGAUGCACAAGGCAAGACUCACGAUGGCACCAUCACCAAGUCCGACAAGACUGCCAUUGUCGGCGCUUCCAACGACUUGACUGGCGCUCAAGGCCAGGUCAUCAACGCUCGUGAAUACAUGCCCUUUCACGGCGACCGCACUCGCGAAUCAAUUCAUCGUCCGCGCAGCGUAGCGGAGCAAGCGUACAUCAUGUACGAGCGCAGAAGCUCCUACAGCGUGCAAGGCCGCGGUAUCGACGUCGUCGGCGCCAAAGUCAAUGCGGAUGGAUCUGUUGAAGAGGGCAAGAUCGUCGACAAUGGUCUCGAUCACGACAACGUCAUUGGCAGCAAAAACGAACAGAGUGCGGCUGCUGGCUCGCCUGUAAGCACCCAUUACCGCCGCGGCACCAGCGUGGUCGGACCCAAGGUCCACGCCGACGGAUCCAUUGAAGAUGGCAAGAUCGAAGAGAACGGUCUCGACCACGACGACGUGAUUGAUAGCAAAAACGAGAUGCAAGAGAAUGCUGCUGCUGGCGCGCCCGUACCUGGUCAGUAUCGCCGCGGCACCAGCGUAGUCGGACCCAAAGUGCACGCCGACGGUUCGAUCGAGGCAGGCCAAGUGGGAGAGAAUGGUCUGGACCACGAUGAAGUGGUGGGUGCCGAGGACCAUGUUCAACACGAAGCUGCUCAGCGAAGAGGCACAUUGGUCAAAGGCCCAGUGAUCGAUGCUGAUGGCACGGUGCACGAAGGCAAGGUGGUGCAGAUCGAUGGACCGGACCGCGUCGAGCCUGCAGAGGAUCACAGAACUGGACCUACCGGCGCGAGCGCGCCUCCUCCCUCUACACCUCCUCCACCUCCUCCCUCUACAAACGCCGCCGACACGACGACGCCCAAGAAGAAAGUCAAAUCCAACAUCAAGGACACAGUUCACGUCAGCAACCACGACCAGACAACCAAUCACUCCGAGACGGUCACUAAUGAUGGUGCGAAUGUAGACAAGGGCGAAGAUGCGGGCGAAUCGACUCAGCUCGCUGCUCGUCGCCAACAGCUCGAGUAAGAUGAUUGUCCCCCUCCUUCAGGCCAUAGAGAUGAGAGACUCUUUCGUGUGCUCGCAGGCACGAGCCACGAGCAAUCCCUAACGACUGCGACGGCAAUGGAACGAGCCUUUUGCUUGACAAUCGAGUGUUGUGUGGUCCGUGGCGCUCUC